AUGCAGACUACCGAACCACCGGUAACAUUUAAGCGUGUUGAAGUUUGGACAAAUUCACUAGAAGUAAAAACCAUUACAGAUUGGACUACUUUGACACAAAAUCCUAAUGAUGAUCAAAUAAGUUCCACAAGGGAUGCUUUGACUAAGAGUGGAUGUCCAAGUGGUAUUGUGGAUAUUCUUCUUUAUAACAGUGAUUUACGUAACUGGACAAAUCAUUUAAAAAAUAGACGUAAUGAUGGUUAUGACAUAGAUAAUAUGAAAAAAUUGACAUGUAGAAGUAUUCCAGGAGCACCAGUAGUAUACGUGGCCCGUUCUGAUAACGAAUUGGUGCCACCGACAGGACUAUUAUUCAUUUUCGAUAGCCUUGUUGCAUAA